AUGUCUCGCAAAAGUCAGUCGGCGGUCGUGCUCGCCCCAGCCCUGUGGCCCGCAGGUGAUAUUCUUGGCCACAUUGCUCUGGGCUCGCAGGUCGGCUUCGUGAUCCAUUGGGUUGUCUUCGUCCACAGCCCGAGCGGCGGAUUGUCGGAGACCGCGAUGGACGAGCUGAGGCGUCUAUUUCCCUACCUAGCCUCUGGCAGCUCCGAGCCCCAGCAGAGGUUGGGGCUAGGCAGGCUCCUAGCCGAGAGCGCGCAGUCCGCGGCCGCGGGCGGCAGCGAGCGCCUCGCGCAGGAAGGCUGCCACACGGCGAGCCCCGGCGAGAAGUGCUACGAUGCCGUCCUCAGAGCCAUGACCGUAGGGAUCGCCAAAAAUUCGAGCGACUACCCAGGGCUCACCCCGCGGUCCAGCUUCGCGGAGUUCCAGGUGCUCUUGCACAGCACCAAGGACGCCGACUGUCCGCUGCCAUGCGAGGCGCAGGGGCCACCCAUGGCGAACUGCCUGUGCCUAUUCGACGUCGACCGCACGCUCACCGCGAAGCAGAACUCGGAACAUUGCCACCGCAACGGCACGUACUUGGUCCCUGGCGUCGCCGACACGGCGUACCACGGGGGCGGCCUGGUGCUGUCGGAGCUGGCCCAGAACGUGCGGAGAAGCUUCUGCGGCUCGUGCCUCCGGGGCGUGCUCUCCAACGGCGACGUGGGCGGGCCGCACUCUGCGAUGCGCCACGUCGUCAGCGCCGUGCUGGGGGGCCCAGAGUGGACCCUGACGAACAAGUGGGAGCACUACGUGGACGGUAGGCGCAGCACCCUGAUGGUGGGCAUCCCCAACGCCGAGAAAGCGCGCGUGGCGGCCGACGUUGUCAGCUGGAGCGAGGUUGAGAUCGAGAAGACACGCGUCUACUUCUUCGACGACAGCGCCGAGAACGUCAGGCAGUUCAAAGGGACAGGGAUGAACGCCCAGCAGAUCUCGUGCACCAGCCGCGACAAAGGGGCUCACCUGGGCGUCUGCGGCGGUCGCACGGAUGAGCUGUCGGAGGACGGGGGCGUGCUCACUUGCGAGGACAAGGGGUCCCCCGUCGAUGUUGUGGACGAGGAGGACGAGGCGGGUGACGACUACUUCCUCGCUACGUAG